AUGCUGGAAUACCGCCCUGUGGACUGCGACAGCGGGCAGUCUGUGCCAGCGGACUUUGUUGACAAAAAAAUGAUUUACAAGGGCACCGGCAGCGGAGGGACGGGCGCCGGCUGGGGGUGGUUUGUGUACAGCGGCUCACAAUUCUAUUACGCGGUCCCUGGCGCUGGCCCCGCCGGCGAGGUCGCCACGUGCGUGGAGCUAGCGGCCAAAGGCGGCAUCACCUUUGAAGUGAAGCGGGGCGCCAGCCUGCAGCCCUUCGCAGGGGCCAAAGCGCUGCAGUUUGACCUGCGCCCGGGCGCGCCCCCGCCUGCUCCAGCUGGCGCCAACGCGCCUCUCCUGAAGCUGUUCGUCCUCAACGACGAGACCCAGAGCUUCUGCAACGCCGAGGCGCUCACAGCGGACCUCGCAAACGGCAGCUCGCCCCUGCCCGGCGGCUGGCGCCGCUACACGCUGCCGUUUGCGGCGCUGCGCUGCGACUACACGGGGGCGCUGCCGGAGGAGGUCGACCGCGUCGACUUUCAAAACCCAGCCACUGACAGCUCUGUCGCGUUUUGCCUGACAAACUUCGCAAUCCUGCACUGA